CACGAGCGGGUGCCGGCUCCGGAGCUUCACGGCUGCCGAGACGGCGCGCGAGAAGAAAAAGUGAUGAUUGAACCAAAUGAAGCAAUGUCAGAUAAAUGCCUCUUUGGACGUAGACCAAGAUUGGCAAGCAAACUUUGUACCUUACCAACACAAGUCUCUCUAAAUGUAGCUAGGACAUUCUCAGAAAAGAAGGAAGUCUCUUCAAAAAAUAUUGAAAAUACAGCUUCUUUAAGGAAUACGGAAAAUAGAGUAUCUUCAAAGUAUAUUGAAAAUAAAGAUACAGAAAUGAAUCUACAGUCUAAGCUACGGUCAUCUUCCUUCUUAAAGGAAAACACAGGUCAAGUGAGCAAAGAUGCAGUCCUUGCAGAGCAGGAGAAAAAUAACAAACAUUGCCUUCAGGAUAUUGAUGAUAAGUUGUCUGAAUCAACAGACGAUGAUGGUGAAGAUGAUACCAAUGAUGAAGAUAAUGAUGAAGACAGUAACCCUAAUAAGGAUACUCAUGCCCCAUUAGAAUUAAUGGCAGAAUUCCUGAGAGCAGAAAUGGGCCAAGACUACCAUUUGGCAAAAAAAUUAUGUCAGAUGAUCCUAAUCUAUGAACCAGAAAAUCCUGAGGCCAAGGAGUUUUUCUCACUUAUUGAAGAAAUGUUGCUGAUGGAGAAAUCCCAAAAUCUUGAGGAAGAUGAUGAAGAUAGUGAAGAAGAUAGUAGCGGUGAGAGUGAAGGAGAAAGCAGUGAGGAGCUAAGUGAAGAAAGCUCUGAUGAAUGUGAAGACGGGUGAUGAAAGUUGCUGCUAUGGUUCAUUCUUCAUGUAUUUUCAUUACUGUAUACCAUGGAAAUAUAAAGAACAAUGCUGCA